UGGUAGUUCAAAGGUAUCCGUUUCCCCGAAAGGAAGUCAGAAGAACUGCUGCACUGACCAUUUAUUUAAAUUUUCUUCGCGACUUAAGUAAAUAAGACCAAAACUAAAAUGACGACGGAUUCCACCCUCGAUGUGUACUACGAAUUCGUUAUGGGUUUGACUCGGGAAGCUGCCAAGGUCAUCACCAACUCGAUAAAACUGCGAAAAUCCGUCGACACGAAACGAGGUGAUUGGGAUCUUGUGACACAAUACGACCGGGAGAUUGAAAACAUCAUAAUUGAUCGUUUGAGAAGUCAAUACCCAGAUCACAUGUUUAUCGCCGAAGAAUCGGCGGGUAAUAAUUCACCAGAUCUUACCGAUGCUCCGACAUGGAUAAUAGACCCCAUUGACGGCACUACCAAUUUCGUUCACGGAUUCCCGCAUACCUGUGUCGUGAUCGCUUUAGCAAUACGGAAGGAAGUGAUGAUUGGAAUAGUGUACAAUCCACUUCUGGAGCAACUAUUCACGGCUCGAAAAGGUCGGGGUGCUUUUCUCAACGGAGAACCGAUUAGAACCUCGGAAGUGGAGGAUUUUUCAAAAGCUCUGGUCUGCUUCGAGCCCGGAUUUAUAAAGAUUGAAAGCAUGGCAGAGUACGUGGUCGAAAGACUACGAGCAAUUAUAAAAGUGGCACACGGAAUACGGACUCUCGGAGUUGCCGCCUUAACACUUUGCUACGUAGCGAUGGGAGCUGUUGACGCUUAUCACAUUGAAGGACCUGGCAUAGAAGCUUGGGACAUCGCCGCAGCUUCUCUGAUUAUUGCAGAAGCCGGAGGUGUUGUCGUCGACCGAGUUACAGGUGAUCGAGUGGACAUUAUGAGGCCAAGAGCGAUCGGAGCGGCGAAUUCAAAAAUCGCAGCUGCAAUGGUGAAGAUUAUUCACGAAACAGACGAGAGAGUUGACCAAAUGAAAAACACUACCAAUUGAAGAAACGACAGAUAGAAACAAGGAAUCUUUCAAUCAAUGUUUAAACCGACGCAUAGGUGUCGAAGUACUAAAAUUUCACUUGUUGUAAAAUUUAAGAAUUUUAUAAUGCACGUUGAACUUUAUUUAGUCGAUAAGGAUGAAGCGAUGAGAUU